AAGCAAAACCCAACAUGUCUUUUUCUUUGACAGUGUUAAUAGUAGUUCUCCUCCUUCCUGUUGCUUACAGUUUGAGCAGAGAUGAAUUCCCUUCUGAAUUUGUGUUUGGUGCAUCAACCUCUGCUUACCAGGUUGAAGGUGCAGCAAACGAAGAUGGUAGGAAACCAAGCAUAUGGGAUACCUUUUCCCAUGCUGGAAAUGCAAAUAUGUACAAAGGUGAUGGAGAUGUUGCAUGUGAUGGAUAUCAUAAAUAUAAGGAAGAUGUGCAACUCAUGGCUAAUACAGGUUUAGAUGCCUAUAGAUUUUCAAUUUCAUGGUCAAGACUUAUUCCAGAUGGAAGAGGACCAAUCAAUCCCAAAGGACUUGAAUAUUACAACAACCUCAUAAAUGAACUGAUAAGCCAUGGGAUCCAACCACAUGUUACAUUACACCAUUGGGAUCUCCCGCAAACACUUGAAGACGAAUACGAAGGAUGGAUUAGUAAAAAAAUUGUGUAUGAUUUCACAGCAUAUGCAGAUGUAUGCUUCAGAGAAUUUGGUGAUAGAGUUAAGCAUUGGACGACAGUGAAUGAGGUUAAUGUGUUUGCAAUGUUUGGCUAUGGUGUUGGAACAGUACCACCUCAGAGGUGUUCUCCUUUUGCUAUAGCUAACUGUUCAAGAGGAAAUUCUUCAACUGAGCCGUAUUUAGCAGCACAUCAUAUGUUGUUAGCACAUGCUUCGGUUGCAAGCUUGUAUAACAAGAAAUAUAAGGGAGUACAACAUGGGUUUAUUGGGUUGAAUAUUCUUACUAUUGGGUUUGUUCCACUCACAAAUACUAGUGGAGACAUUAUUGCCACUCAAAGGGCCAGAGACUUUUGGAACGGGUGGAUACUAAAUCCAUUAACAUUUGGUGAUUAUCCUGAUAUAAUGAAACGGAAUGUUGGCUCAAGACUUCCUUCCUUCGCUAAAAAAGAAUCAAAUCUGGUCAAAAACUCAUUUGAUUUCAUUGGAAUAAACUUUUACAACACAUUUUCUGUUAACAACUACUCCGAAAGCCUGAACAUGGAGGAUAGAGAUUUCAUGCAAGAUAUGGCAGUAGAAAUUACAAUGCUUCCUGAAAAUGAUACAUUUAUAGACACGGCGCUAGAUUCCUUGAAGAAUGACUAUGGAAGUAUUCCAAUUUAUAUACAUGAAAAUGGCCACAAAACACCUCAUAAUUCAUCAUUGAAUGAUUUUUCUAGGAUAGAGUACUUGAAUAAAUACAUUGGGAGCAUAGCUAAAGCAAUAAGGAGUGGAUCAAAUAUAAAAGGCUAUUUUGUAUGGUCCUUUAUGGAUGUGUUCGAAAUACUUACUGGAUAUGAAGUAAGUUUAGGCCUAUACUACAUAGAUUUGAAAGAUCCAAACUUGAAGAGACAACCUAAACUCUCUGCUAAAUGGUACUCAAGUUUUCUGAAAAAUAAACCUAUGGACUCAAAGAUUAUUAUGGAAAUUGGGAGUGAUGCGUCUUUGUUAUAAUGCCAAGUAAUCUCAUUGCUUUGUGCUAUCAUGUGAAUGAUUGAAUAAAAAGAAUGUGUUCCAAAGAAUGUGGUCCGUGAUGCCGAAUAUGAAAGAUAGGAGAUUUUUAUCAACACAAUAUCAUGUAAUGGUCCUAUUAUAUGAUGAAAAUUUUAAUAAAAUGCUUUCUCAAGCAUGUCAGCAUGUUUUGGUUAAAUCUUGUUGUCCAAGUUAUCACAUCAUAUUGUAUGAGUGUUUAUUUUCUUCCUGGUUCUUUGAAGAAGUUACUCAAGAUGAUGAGUGAUGACAACCUGUUGUAAGGAAUUACUUACUUUCUGACAUAUAAGAGAAAUCUAAUAAAAGAUACUAUUUUUCUUUAA